GUGGUUUUUGACCCCUCCGACGCUCCGUCUUCGGAGGGGCUUCGCGGCGUUCUCCGUGUCCGCCCAUCCUUCGCGGACGCCCGCUGCCAUGGCGACUGUGCUGCACGCGGUCUUGCGCCAGUUUCGUUGGCUCCCCGGCCGCCCGAGGCCUGCGACAGAAAUGCCGUUCCGAGCAAGGAGCGACGGCGUCGGCCUGCUGUAUCCGCACCACAUCCCCACCUCCCCGCUGCAGAAAGCGCUGCUGGCCGCGGGUUCCGCGGCUAUGGCGCUCUAUAACCCCUACCGCCACGACAUGGUUGCAGUUCUAGGGGAGACCACGGGACACCGAACCCUGAAGGUCCUCAGGGACCAGAUGAGGAGGGAUCCAGAGGGUGCCCAGAUCCUGCAGGAGCGUCCCCGGAUUUCGACAUCCACCCUCGACCUGGGCAAGCUCCAGAGCCUACCAGAGGGCUCCCUGGGCCGCGAAUAUCUCCGUUUUCUGGAUGUGAACAGGGUCUCCCCAGACACCCGAGCACCCACCCGCUUCGUGGAUGAUGAGGAGCUCGCAUACGUGAUUCAGCGGUACCGGGAGGUGCACGACAUGCUCCACACCGUGCUGGGGAUGCCCACCAACAUCCUGGGGGAGAUCGUGGUGAAAUGGUUUGAGGCUGUCCAGACUGGCCUGCCCAUGUGCAUCCUGGGUGCACUCUUUGGACCAAUCCAACUCAGUGCUCAGAGCCUGCAAGUGUUGAUCUCAGAGUUGAUCCCAUGGGCCAUUCAGAAUGGGCGCAGAGCCCCAUGUCUCCUCAACCUGUACUAUGAGCAGCGCUGGGAGCAGCCCCUGAGGGCUUUGCAGGAGGAGCUGGGAAUUACCGCACCACCCAUACACAUCCAAGGCUUGGCCUGAGCUCCUGAGCCAGUGGGGCCUGGCCUGCCUCCACCCACUGCUUCCCUUGGGGGCAGAAGGCUUUGUUCCUCUUCUUUGAACACUGACCCUUGGACUACAUUUAUCAUAAUUUGUCAUAGCCACUGCUGAGUGGCCUUGAGGACCAACCCCCAGGGAGCAAGCAGUACAGUGGGACUCCCAGGGGAACCAGCAGCUCCCCAAAAAGAACCGUGCAUGAACAGCUGUAAGUCAUCUGGGCUCAUGCUGGGAUGCUGGAGAUCUACGCUCCUGUCCCAGACUCCUCCCAGGCAGCCAGGUUUGCUGGGUGUCCUCACAGGAGUGAGGCUACACCCACUUCCAAAAGCCUGAGAAGAGGGAAGCAGAGUGGGAGGCAAGUGUUUAUGAAUAAAGGCUCCCAUUAGGUCAA